AAAAUUAAUAAUAGGGCAAAAAAUCAAAGAGCAUUGUGUCUCUGUCACAUCUCUCUCUGGUACAAUAGAGGAAGAGAAUGCCCUUUUUUCCGUUUCCCUCCACAGAUCUCCAAAAUUCCCACUGACCCAACCCUAAUUUCGUCCCUAUCUGUACAGAUUAAAUAAAAACCCCCAAAUCUCUCUCUCUCUCUCUCUCUCUCUCUAAUCUCUAGUUUUUUGGGGGGUUUAGCCCUAUCUCUCAAAGCCAGCGAUCGAAAUAUAUGAUUCUAGAACCUUCAUGAAUCUUCACCAAGCUACAUCCCUUCAUGGACGAGCGUAAUCCCUACGAUGCCUGAGCUGCGUAGCCACGCUCGCAGAAAUCGGGCCUUCUUCAACCCUAACCCGAAUCCAAACCCGAUUGAUAUUCUCCCCCAACCUGAUUCCAACGUCAAAAAGAACAAGUUCACUGUUCGCACUCGCCAGAGGAGAACCGCACAGAACAGGAAACAGAAAAACGCGAUCGUUGCUGCCGUUGAUGAUAACAAGCUUAACAACAACGAUAACAAAAGCAAUAAUAUCGUGAGCGGUGCUGGUUUUGAAACAACACCGUCUGGAAGAAAGGAAGACGAAGAUAUUAAAGAGGUUAGGGUUUUGAGAGAAGAGGUUGCCGAGAAGAAGAUGGACGAGUACGAUAGUGGCGGCCGUAGCGGUGAUAAAGGCCCCGGGGCUGAAGAUGAGGGAAGCACAGCGCCGCUUCCCGAGAAGGUUCAGGUAGGUGGUUCCCCAACGUACAGAAUAGAAAGAAAACUGGGGAAAGGAGGCUUUGGACAAGUGUAUGUUGGUCGACGAAUUGGCGCUACUGGUCCAGGAGCUGUAGAGGUAGCUUUAAAAUUUGAGCAUAGAAGCAGCAAAGGAUGUAAUUAUGGGCCACCAUAUGAGUGGCAAGUUUACAAUGCACUUGGUGGUAGCCAUGGGGUGCCUCGAGUUCAUUACAAGGGCCGGCAAGGUGACUACUAUGUUAUGGUUAUGGAUAUGCUUGGACCUAGCUUAUGGGAUGUUUGGAAUAAUAACUCACACACGAUGUCCAUUGAAAUGGUUGCAUGUAUUGCCAUUGAGGCCAUCUCAAUCUUAGAGAAGAUGCACUCCAGAGGAUAUGUGCAUGGGGAUGUGAAACCUGAGAAUUUCUUGCUUGGUCCUCCAGGAACUCCAGAUGAGAAAAAACUUUUUCUUGUUGACCUAGGAUUAGCAACCAGGUGGCGAGAUAGUUCAAGUGGUCUACAUGUUGAGUAUGACCAACGUCCAGAUGUUUUCAGGGGAACUGUACGGUAUGCUAGUGCGCAUGCUCAUCUCGGUAGAACUGGUAGCAGAAGAGAUGAUCUAGAGUCUCUGGCUUACACACUCAUUUUCCUCCUCCGUGGUCGAUUACCUUGGCAAGGAUAUCAGGGUGAAAAUAAAGGCUUUCUUGUUUGUAAGAAGAAGAUGGCCACUUCCCCAGAAACUUUGUGUUGCUUUUGCCCUGCACCUUUCAGACAGUUUGUUGAGUAUGUGGUGAAUUUGAAGUUUGAUGAGGAACCAAAUUAUGCAAAAUAUAUCUCUCUUUUUGAUGGGAUUGUUGGUCCAAAUCCAGAUAUUAGGCCAAUAAAUACUGAUGGUGCUCAGAAGCUUAUAUAUCAAGUAGGGCAAAAGAGAGGACGGUUAACAAUGGAGGAGGAAGAGGAUGAACAGCCAAAGAAGAAGGUUCGAAUGGGAAUGCCUGCAACGCAAUGGAUUAGUGUGUAUAAUGCUCGUAGGCCUAUGAAGCAACGAUAUCAUUAUAAUGUGGCAGAUGUGAGGCUUCCCCAACAUAUUGAGAAAGGUAAUGAAGAUGGGUUAUUUAUCAGCAGUGUGGCUUCUUGGUCAAACCUAUGGGCCCUUAUUAUGGAUGCUGGCACUGGUUUCACUGCUCAAGUUUAUGAGCUCUCACCAUACUUUCUUCAUAAGGAAUGGAUUAUGGAGCAAUGGGAAAAGAAUUACUAUAUCAGUGCAAUUGCAGGAGCUAAUAAUGGGAGUUCAUUAGUCGUAAUGUCUAAGGGGACACAAUAUUUGCAGCAAUCCUACAAAGUUAGUGAUUCAUUUCCCUUUAAGUGGAUCAACAAAAAGUGGAGGGAGGGUUUUUAUGUGACUGCCAUGGCCGCUGCUGGAAGCAGAUGGGCAAUUGUUAUGUCACGUGGUGCUCCAUUUUCUGACCAGGUUGUAGAAUUAGAUUUUCUCUAUCCAAGUGAAGGUAUUCAUCGGAGGUGGGAUAGUGGCUACCGCAUCACUUCAACUGCUGCAACAUGGGAUCAAGCUGCUUUUGUUCUUAGUGUUCCAAGAAGAAAACCCGCAGAUGAAACUCAGGAGACCCUUCGAACUUCUGCUUUUCCUAGUACUCAUGUGAAGCAGCGGAAACGUGGAAGAGGUCCUUUUAUACAUGCCUAAAAGUUUUUGCUGAGGAACUGCUAUGAGACCAACCAAUUUUGAUUUGGUUAGCUGCUAGGAUGCUUGGAAUUUGCCACUUUCUUCUUGCUUGCUACCCGGAUGAGGAUUUGUUGAACCAUGCCAGUGAUGCCUCUGCUGUUUCAGGACUAUAGAAUAUUAAGAUCUUCAGUAUAAGCUGUUUCGGGACUUUCAUCUGAGCUAAAUAAUGCUUUUGUGACAUGUUAUUUUCUUUGAGACUAUACCUUAUUUGGUGUGGGUUGUGAUUGACCAGUCUAAACUCGAACAGAUUGUUAGCAACAACUAUUUUCCUAACGUCUGGGUAUUGGUUUUAGAGAACGUAUGCUGAAGUGUAUAGGAAGAACAGCAUGUUUAACUGGUCUGGGCAUUUGUUCAUUGUUAUCACUAGAGCUCCAUCAAAUGCCAGCAGUGAGAUUUGAUGUAUGGUAGCCAUUGUUGGUCAAGUGCCUGUAAUAUCUGUACCUCAAUUUUUUCAUUCGUGUAUAAUAUAACUAGUUAGCAAAGGUAUGUUUUCAAACAUGAUGAACUGUUUGUGUUAAGUUUAGACUGGGAGAAGAGCUCAGAAACAGGCUCAAGAUAAGAAUGAGAGAGUUGAAGAAAAGAGCUCAAAGGAAAAUAUGAGAGAGUUGGAAGAAGAAUUGGCUUUCUCUUUUACUUAGAGGGAAUGAGGGUAUUUAUACAAGUUAGUUUGUACCAAAUGAUCAAAAUACCUUUGGUCCAAUUGUGAGUUACUUUUUUAAGAUAAAAGAUAAUUAUAACCUUAUGACUUAAAAAUGCCUUAAUAUUAAGUCCCAUAAAAACAAUCUAAAAAUUUAGAUGAAGGUUAAGCUAAGAUGUUUGAUCUAUUUUGGAUUUAGUCGAUUUGUUAAGAUUUAAGGAUACAUUCGAGUUUAGACUUUGAAUGUUGAUUUUGUUGUCUAAUCUUUUAAUGAUGAGUGGUUUGAGGUAUCGAUAUUAUGAUUCAUUUGACAUGGAUGAUUAUUGGGAUCUCAAUAGUUUGAUUUUGUUUGCUAAUUAUUUAAUUUUGAUUGGGGUUAAUAGAUGACUAAUCUACAGGUAUUUAGGUCAUCUAAGUUAGUUACCAAUAAUCGACAUGACACUUGAUAGAUUUUAUAAUGAGAUUUUAAAUUCAUUUGUGUCGAUAGAAUUUAUAUUGAGGUGGAUUUGUGUCAAGGUGAUUUACACCAAAGUGAACAUGUGCUAAGGUAAUUUUUAGAAAAGUGAAUUUGUUUCGAGGUGAAUUUGGUAAAUUUGAACUCUUGCAAAGAUAAUUUUAUUAAGUGAAGUUUUAUUGAAAAAAAAUUUACUAGGGUGAGCUUUUUUGAAGAUAACUUUUAUUAUAGUGA